CUUCUCGUUCUCUGUUUCACUGAUCUCCAAUCUCUCAAUCUCCUCCUUGCUUCCUCUUUUCUCUCUUCCCCACUCUUCAAUUUCCAUUCUCCCCAUAUCAUUCACAUUGCUGAUUUCCUCACCAACACACGCGCAGCCACCCUUGCUGCUUCCGAUCUGUAGCUUCUACGCCACUACAGGGAAGAGGAGAUGAAGGUGAUUGACAAGAUCACGGAAGCCACCGCCGGUGAUGGCGGCAGAGUUGUGUUCUCGUUUGAGUACUUCCCGCCCAAGACGGAGGACGGUGUUGAUAACCUCUUCGAGAGGAUGGACCGGAUGGUGGCUCAUAAUCCUUCCUUCUGUGACAUUACUUGGGGCGCCGGUGGCUCCACCGCCGAUCUCACUCUCGACAUUGCUAACAAGAUGCAGAACAUGAUCUGUGUCGAGACCAUGAUGCAUCUUACCUGCACCAAUAUGCCUGUUGAGAAGAUCGACCAUGCUCUUCAGACUAUUAAGUCUAAUGGCCUUCAGAAUGUCCUCGCGCUUCGCGGUGAUCCUCCUCAUGGACAGGAUAAAUUCGUCCAGAUCGAAGGCGGCUUCGCCUGUGCUCUCGAUCUUGUUAAACACAUCAGGGAGAAGUAUGGUGACUACUUCGGCAUUACUGUAGCUGGAUAUCCAGAGGCACAUCCGGACGUGAUUGGAAGCAAUGGCGUGGCGACGACUGAAGGCUACCAGAGCGAUCUGGCUUAUCUUAAGAAAAAGUUUGAUGCCGGGGCUGAUCUGAUUGUUACCCAACUCUUCUAUGACACUGACAUUUUCCUCAAGUUUGUUAACGAUUGUCGUCAAAUUGGAAUUACUUGUCCGAUUGUACCUGGUAUUAUGCCCAUCAAUAAUUACAAAGGUUUCUUACGCAUGACCAGCUUUUGCAAAACGAAGAUUCCGGAUGAGGUCAUGGCUGCCUUAGAGCCAAUCAAGGAUAACGAAGAAGCUGUCAAAGCUUAUGGAAUUCACCUUGGAACUGAAAUGUGCAAGAAGAUUUUGGCUCAUGGAAUCAAGACUCUUCACAUGUAUACACUGAAUAUGGAGAAAUCGGCAUUGGCUAUACUAAUGAAUCUUGGUCUGAUUGAAGAGAGCAAAGUCUCAAGAUCAUUACCUUGGAGGCGUCCUACAAAUGUUUUCCGUAUCAGGGAAGAUGUUCGCCCAAUCUUCUGGGCUAAUCGUCCUAGAAGCUACAUAUCAAGGACCAUAGGUUGGGACCAGUACCCUCAUGGUAGAUGGAGUGAUUCUAGUAAUCCUUCAUAUGGGGCACUAACUGACUAUCAGUUUAUGCGGCCACGUGCACGUGACAAGAAGCUUCUUGAGGAAUGGGCUCUCCCAUUGAAAAGCAUAGAGGAUGUUUAUGAGAAAUUUAUGAAGUACUGCCUUGGAAAGUUGAGAAGCAGUCCGUGGUCUGAAUUAGACGGUCUUCAGGCUGAGACAAGAAUAAUAAGCGAACAGCUUGGUAAAAUUAACAUGAAAGGUUUCCUUUCAAUCAACAGCCAACCAGCGGUUAAUGGAGAAAGAUCUGAUUCUCCUUCUGUUGGAUGGGGUGGAUCAGGAGGUUACGUUUAUCAAAAGGCAUACAUCGAGUUUUUCUGUUCCAGGGAAAACUUGGAUGCUGUUGUUGACAAAUGCAGGGGCCUUCCAUCUCUAACCUACAUGGCAGUGAAUAAGGAAGGCAUUUGGGUAUCCAACAUCACUCAAAAUGAUGUGAAUGCUGUAACAUGGGGAGUUUUCCCAGCCAAAGAGAUCGUCCAGCCAACUGUCGUCGAUCCUGCCAGCUUUCUAGUUUGGAAAGAUGAGGCAUUUGAGAUUUGGUCGAGGGGAUGGGCUUCCUUGUACCCCGAGGGCGACCUGUCCCGAAAAUUUCUCGAAGAGAUACAGAGCAGCUAUUACUUGGUGAGCUUGGUGGAUAACGAUUACGUCAAUUCUAACCUCUUUGCUGCUUUGGAGGGAUUCUGAGGUUGAGCUGCUAUUCCUUUCCAUGAUUCUAGUUUUACUUCCAUCUUUCGAUCUCUCAUUCAAACCUUGCCUAAGGUUAAUGCAAGAAGAAUUUUCUUUUUCUGUUUGCUUGAGUUUAAUAAUAUGAUUCCCAAUAAGGGCUGUCCAUUUAUUAAAAACAUUGGGAUUUUAAAACUUCCCGAGGUUGAAGGGUAAUGUGUCAUUCAUUUGUGACUAAAAACAUUAGAUUAAAAUAUUUCUUAAGGUAGCCAUAGCCAUGGGCAUGGGAUACUAUAUUAUAUGGUUUGUAAAAUUUUCAAUUUUUAACGUGUUUAUCAUUGGAAAUUUA